UUAUACUUAUUUGAAGUUAAAUUUAAAAUUCGACAUCAUGGGGUCGUUAAUUAAAAACAUCCCUUGAUUUAAUAUCCACCCACAUUUGUUGUCGUUCCAAAAAAAUAAUCUGACCCGGAAGACCCGACCCGGCUAUCCUUUUCGUUGUUAUCUUCAUUAAAAUAAAUCAAACAGAAGAAAUAAUUUUGAUGCAAAAAACCAAAAAAGCCAAAAUUCGAGAAGAAAGCGAAAAAGAAAAUGUUCUCAGUCUCAGCCUCUCUUCACCACUAACCCAGAAGAAUUCUGAGAGAGAGAGAGAGAGAGAGAAUCAAUGGGUUUGAUAUCAGCAAAAGAGACGAAGAACAACAACAGUAGAGGAAUGGGUUUGCUCUUAGUCUUCUUCCCCGACCACCACAACGACGACUCUCCUUCUUCCUCUUCCUCUUCUCCUUCUCCGGCAACAACUCUCUUCCGCUCCAGAUCUUCUCGUCUUCUCCUCUCCAAAGCUCAAUCCACAAUCUCAAUCUGCAUCCUCCUCCUCUUCCUCACUCUCUUCCUCUUCACUCUCUCCACCUUCGAACCUUCCUCUGGCUUUCCCGCCGUUUCUUCUCGUCCUCACCGUCGAUUUCUCCUCAAUCGCGACAUCUCCGGCUCUGAAUCUCGUCGUCGUUAUAACCGAUUCGCUCUCCAAGGAAUGGGUACUCUGUUUCUCAGAGGAACCAAGAGCAUGCACGAUUUGAUUGUUGCUCAUGUAGCUUCCGAUACGACGGAAGACGAUCUCCGUCUCUUCAUGCGGUUGCUUCACCGCUCCGGAGUCACUUCCAAAUCCGACGUCGUUCUACUCUUCAAUUCAGGUUCGAGAUUCGUCGAAUUGAUCGAAGAAGAGAACGACUCCUUCUUAAAACUCGUUGAUGUUCAUCGGAAUUCGAAUUCGUCGAAUCAAAUCGACUCCGUUUGGGGAUUUAAUCUGGCGAAUUUCAUGAAGAAGCAAUCGAGCAAGAAGGAGACAUCAUCAUCGUCAUCAGAGCCAAUUUGGGGGAAGAAGACUCAUCGAGCGAAUAAUUUCAACGAUUCGUCGUCAUUGAACAACUCGACCGAGUCAACCGAGUUGUUGACUCAUGGCUCAGUAGUGGGUUUCGACGUGACUGAGUUGGAUCCUGAAAACUCGCUAUCCGGGUUCAUGGAUCACGUUCCGAUAAGCUUGAGAAGAUGGGCGUGUUACCCAAUGCUGCUUGGUCGAGUAAGACGCAAUUUCAAACACGUUAUGCUCGUGGACGCUAAAACCUCCUUGUUCCUCGGUGACCCGUUAACCCGGAUUCGUAACCGGAGCCCCGAGUCAGUCCUCUUCUUUUCUAAACACAGUAGUAGCAAGAAAAGCUCCGAGGUUAAUCCGGCGAUUUUGAUCGGUGGAGCUAAAGGAAUCAGGAGAUUAGCUAGCUCCAUGCACACUGAGAUUGUGAGAGCGACGAUUCAGCAGCAGCAUAAGAAGAAGAACUCGGUUACGGAAUCGGUGGUUCUGAGUCAACUUGUUGGGAAUGUGCACAUGACGAAGAAUUUUGAGGUGGUUACGAGUGAGUCGGUGGUACCGGAAGCGAGUUCACUGGCUGAGUUAAGGACGAGAAACUCGGCGGCUUCGUCGAUAAAGAAUCAUGAUAUAAUACAACGAGGUGGUGGUAAUAGUAAUCAUAUUAUUGAUAUUAUUAUGAAACGUAUUUGUUCUUGUGAAUUAGAUUCUUCUGUUUAUAAUUACUGUUAGCAUUAUUAAAAUUACAAAAGAAAAAAAUAGGGAAAUUUUUAUUUUGUGUUCGAGAUUUUUGUACACAUUUGACAUUUGUUAUGUUGUUAGAUUUUUUAUUUUUCACGGAUGUUCUAUUAGUGUGUCCACGAUGUAUUCGUUAUUGAUUUGGUCUCCUUCGAUAUAAUCAUUUGAUAAAAUCAGGAAAAUACGAUUGUUUUGGAUUUAUACCGGAAAUGUCGGUAAUGGACCAUUUUUUGUAUUUAUUUAUUUUG